UGGCUAAAUGGGAUAAAGGCUACGUAUGGAUGACAGAGAGGCUAAUCCCCUCUAUACCACCAGGACCAGCCUCCGGAGCCUUCAGCCUCUCUUCAAAUGAAAUCAAUCCUGACAGCCCUGCCUCCCUAAGUCCUCUCCCAGCUCACCUAAACCCAGUUCCAGGAAGAUGCUUCACUACUGAAUGGAACAAUUUCGUGGUGUGGGAGACAAAGCAACACUCGUGAACAUAACAGUACUUCGUGGAAAUAACCUGAGGGGCAACAAGGCUGAGUCCAUCCUGAACUAUGUGAGAGCUGAGUUCAAUGGCAUCGUCCUGGGAGAUUCCCAGAAGCUGGAUGCUGCUGUGGAUCAGGGCGUGGAUUACAACUUCACCUGCAGCUUUGAGUGCUCAGAUGCUGCCCACACAUUAGAUGACAUGGCACACAAACCUGUCAUAUUGACAGUGAUUGAGGUCCUUCCCAAGGAGAAGAAGCAGAAGGAGGAGAAGACUGCAGUUAUAGGGCAAGCUAUAGUGGACUUGCUACCUCUCUUGCAUGGUCAGGUCAGCUUCUUCUCCACUGUGCUACUUCAUCCAACUCCUGGCUCACCUGCAGAGGCAGCCUCACAGGAGGGCAGCUGUAAACCAUCUCUAGACGUGACCGUCUGUGUUUCCGAGCCUCUGCUAUCCGGCGUCCAGCUGUCUGACUCCAACCUGCUGAAGGUUACUGUGGAGACAGCUUACUCUGUUCCGGAGGUGUGGAACCCUGUCUCUGGGUCUGGUCCUCUCUCCAGCUAUGUGGCUGCCCUGCAGGUUCCCCUCACUGCUGAGAAAGAGCAGGUGCUGAUGUUCUCCAAUGGGCUGCUGAAGGUGGGCGGGGAGAGUGAACCCAUGGGAAGACUCAGGAAGUGGCCCCUGGGUCCCCUGUUGGCUCCUGGAGCUCAGUUCAUACCUGGUGUCUCCAUGGAGGGAGAGCCCAUUGAGAUGGAGGAUGGGGAUCUCACCAGCAUAGAGGACAGGGAUUUCCGGAAAGAAGCGGAGACCAAUAAGAAGAGAGUGAGCUGGGACACAGAGCGUCGUUGCUUUCUGGAUGCAGAUGGUGCAGCCUGUCUGACCCGUAGGAUAGCAGAAAGCAGACUGUGGCCAGUAGAGGUCAUGAGGUCACCACAGGUUGGAGCCACUAAGGGAGGGAAGGCUGGCAAAGACAAGGGAGGUGAGGAUGAGACCCAACUCUCCUUCCAUGGAGUGGCAUACGUGGACAUGGCGCCCCUGUUGUACCCCGGGGCGAGGCGUGUCCGUGGAGCGUACCGGCUCUACCCAUUCUACGACUCUGACCUACUGGUCAAGGCUAAGAGAAACAUCAGUGUUCUGAGAGAGAGUAUCAGGGCUCCGGCCACCCAGGGCCGAGGUAGGGCCCCCUCCUCCGUAGGCUCCUGCAAGGCGGUCCCCAGUAAGAUGUUUGACGGCGGUCACAAGGGCGGGAAGGACACCAAGGAAUCGCCCAAAAGGCCCGGGACACAGGGGAAGUCAGCACCCAUUGGCGCUGAUAGUGUGACGCUGGUUGAAACUGAACAGCAGCAACAAGUGAACACAGAGGGUCAGAUGUAUGCAGAUUCCAGAACCUACAUCAUCAUUGAAAUCGCUCUUGAGAAGUCGCUGGUGCCAAAGAGAUCACCGGAAGAGUUAGCCAAAAGGGUGAUGGAGCUGAUACCUCCUAGAGCUCCUUUGCCUCGCAGACCUGCUGGAGCAGAGAGAGCUGUGCAGGAGUACCAGGCCCAGAUAGCCAGUGUGGCAGGCCAGGUGUUGGAGCAGUACCAGCAGCUGUUCGGGCCUGCCUUCCUGCCUGGAGAGAAGCCUCUGGACCCAACCAGCCAGGAGCAGCGCAAGACCAAGCUCCUGGGAGAACUCAACUAUUCUGGGAAGUACUUUGCUUUCAAGGAGCAGAUUAAGUACUCUGUGGUGCGUAUCGUGAGGGAGAAGAUGCUGCGGACCGAAGCCUUCUCAGAUCCUGAGCAGCUGCAGGCCUUCCUCAGCCAGCUCUAUGUGUUCCUGGUGGACGAGAUGCACGUCGCCCUCAACAAGACGUUGUCAGUGGAUGCCCAGGAGACUCAGCCUCGCCCCCUGGUGGACUGUGCCCAGCUCAUCCACUUUGCCAAGGAGGCCCAGCUCAACGGGGACUACCAGCUAGCUGCUCAGUACUACCAGGAGCAGCUGACUCGUGACCGUAGCGACCCAGCCCACUGGUUUGACUACGGAGUGUUGUACAUGCUGACGGCUGACUACCAGAAGGCUGAGGAGUGCUUCCACUACGCUGUGUCCAUGGAGCAAACACACCUGCCCAGUUUGCUUAUGUGUGGUAUCCUGGCAGAGAUGGGUGGACGCCUUGAGGAGGCAGAGACAUUCUUUGAAGGAGCCACGUGUGUGGACCCGGCCAAUGUGGUGGCCUGGACUCUGUUUGGCCUGUUCUAUGAGGGCCAGGAGAACUCCAUCCAGACAGAGAUGGCCUUCCUGGAGGCCACCAAGCAGCAGAGGGCAGCCCUGGUGGUCACCCCACCCUGCAGGGUGGAGACAAGGGUGGAGUCACCAGACCUGGGGGAGGAGGAGCAGGAGGUGGCGAACUGUGAGUCUUUCACCAUUGAGCCAGACGUGGAUGGAGACACAGAAGCCAGUGUGGUGACCGGGUCUCAGAGCUGCCAGGGCAACAAGCCUGGGGAGGGAUACAAGGGAGGUGCUGAGGCUGAACCUAGUGCCAUGCGACACCUAGCAACCCCCACCAGACUAAACACCACCAUCUAUAUGGAGACAGUGCAGUUCCUGCUGCAGAACAACGCACUACAGAUGGCCCAGAGAGCGCUGGCCCAGGAGCUCUUGUGUCCAGGGGGGGGUCUGAGCAGCUCCUACCACCUGGCCCUGGCCCGCCUGCAGCUGCUCAGGGCAGAGUACGGCAGCGCCGAGUCCAGCCUGAAGGAGGCGCUCAACGACAGCUUUCAGGACCCAGAUGUAUGGGCGUUGUUUGGGCACAUACACCAUCUGACUGGGGAGUUUGGGAAGGCCCAGGAGUGUUACGAGAGGACCCUGGACUUUGUGACGGAUGCCACAGACACACACCCCAUCUACCUGCGACUGGGAUCCAUCUACCUGCAGGAAGGGGAGUUUCAGAGGGCGAAAACGACUUACCUGCGCGCCUGCAAGAGCUCCCCCUCCUGCCUCACCUGGCUGGGACUAGGGAUCGCCUGUUACCGGCUAGGGGAGCUGACUGAAGCAGAGGAUGCACUGACAGAGGCCAACAUCCUGAACAACGGGAACGCGGAGGUGUGGGGUUACCUGUCUCUAGUUUGUUUGCAGACGGGCAGAAGACUUGAGGCAGAGCAGUCCUACAAAUACGCCCUGAAGUUGAACCUACAGAAAGAGGCAGUUCUUCGUGAGAUCAAGGCACUCCAAGAUCAUGUUGGCUUUGGAAAUCCAUGUUUCUGAAGAACAACUGCCGGCACCAUCAAUGAUUUAGGUUAAAAAACAAAGAUGAAUUGUAAUUCUGGUUGGUAAAUACCUAAUGGUUGGCAUCGCAAAGUGACUGUGAAUUGUGGAAGGAAUUACACAUCAAUGACUUGUACACUUGUCUGCAUCUUCAGCUAUAUCUGAUUAAAAGUUGUUACUUUUGGAUAAUGUAGGAUAUAAUAUUGUGACACAACAAAGAUGUGCAAAUCCAGAGAGAGUAUCUGUCCAGAGGUGGAAAAAGUAGUCAUUUGUCAUACUUGAAUUAAAGUAAAGAAACCUUGAUGAUAAUGACUAAAGUGAAAGUGAAAGUAACCCAGUAAAAUAUUGCUUUAGUAAAAGUCUACAAGUAUCUGGUUUUAAAAGUACUUAAGUAUCAAAAGUUUAAGUAAAUGCUAUAAAUCUAAUUCCUUAUAUUAAGCAAACCAGAUGGCACAAUUCUUAGGACAACCAGGGGCACAUCAAGAAUCAGACUCCAUUCGCGCACAAUCACGAUAAUGUACAGUUUAUAAGCUACUUCCUUCUACAUACAAGUGCAUUCGGAAAGUGUUCAGACCCUUUCACUUUUCCACAUUUUGUUACGUUACAGCCUUAUUCUAAAAUUAUUUAAAUUAUGUACUUCUCUCAUUAAUAUACACACAAUACCCCAUAAUGACCAUGUGAAACAGGUUUUUUUUAUGUUUGCAAAGAAAAAUAAUAAUACUUAUUUACAUGUGGGCAAAGUGAAGGGGUCUGAAUACUUUUCCGAAUGGACUGUGAACUUAGCGCUUAUUGUUCGAAUGACCACGGGACGCUGACGCUGCAAUGAGAGAGAGCUAGAGGGGAAAAGACGGUUCCUUUAAUAAAAUUAAUAAAAUCCCAUGACAUUGAUUUUUUUGCGAUUUGGAACAAGCAAAUGCACAAACAGGCCUCCAGUGUAAUGAUAUACUUCAUGCGAAAAAUGAGUUGCUGUAAUUUGAACAAUGAUGAUGAUGAUGAUAAUAAUAAUAAUGAAAGAAACGAAACAG